AUGUCUAGAAGAGUUUUAGGAGCUGGUGGUUUAGGGUGUGAAAUACUCAAAAAUUUAGCAUGUUCAGGAUUUAAAGACAUUCACGUUAUUGAUAUGGAUACAAUUGAUCUAUCGAACUUAAAUAGACAAUUUUUAUUCAGACAUUCAGAUAUAGGAAGAUCAAAGGCUGAAGUAGCCGCAGAAUUUGUGAUGAAAAGAGUCAAAUCAGUGAAAAUAACUCCAUAUUUUGGAAAAUUACAAGAUAAGGAUGAAGAAUACUAUAAACAAUUUACAUUAGUCAUAUCAGGGUUAGAUAGCAUAGAGGCAAGAAGAUGGAUUAAUGCUAAAUUAGUACAUCUUGUGGAUCCAGAUAAUUUUGAAACUGUUAAACCCUUGAUUGAUGGUGGUACUGAAGGCUUUAGAGGUCAGGCCAAAGUCAUUUUUCCAACAUUUUCUGCUUGUUAUGAAUGCUCUCUUGACACAUUAAGUGGACAAACAACAUAUCCAUUGUGUACAAUUGCUAACAACCCAAGGUUACCUGAGCACUGUAUUGAAUUUGCAAGUCAAAUUGAGUGGCCAAAGGCACAUCCUGGUGAAAAGAUUGACACUGAUGUUCCUGAGCAUGUUACAUUUUUAUAUGAAGCCAGUUUGAAGAGGGCAGAAGAAUUUAAUAUCACAGGUAUAACAAGAAGCUUAGUUCUUGGUGUUGUUAAAAAUAUCAUCCCGGCUAUUGCGUCCACAAAUGCUAUUAUAGCAGCUUCAUGUUGUAAUGAAGCUUUCAAGAUUGUCUCAAGUUCAAAUCCAACCUUGGAUAAUUUCAUGAUGUAUUCAGGUACUGAUAGCGUUUUCACCUACAGUUUUGCUUAUGAACGUAAACCUGAUUGUCAAGUUUGCGGUGGUUUAUGA